AUGAUGUUCGACCUCCCAGACGCGAAACGCGUUCGCCGAGAUGACCUCCUGACCCGCACAUCCUCAUCGCCAUCCCCAUCACCGCCUCCAGAAUCGCUAAUUCCUGAUGCGCAAAAGCGCCUAAGUGCUCUCCUAGACUUCGACUUCAAUGUCGCACCCGCCCCAGAACCAGAGACACGAGGAACGGAGGACAACGAACUUGAAGAGCAAGAGUUUGAGUUCCGGCUAUUCUCCUCAGCGCCUACGCCUAGAGCUCCUAGUACUGCUCGAAAAGAAAGCGGCGAUUCACCAACAACAGUCGCAGCUCAAAACGCACAGAAGUUACGAAUCCGAUUACGGUCUCCAACGCCUACAGCUCUGGGCUCCGGGGAGGGAGGCUUUGUGAAUCCGUUCCGAGGGUGGGGUUAUUAUUUUUCUACGCCGGAACUCUUGACUGGAACUGGGGCAAAGGGAGAUGAAGAUGUGGGCGUCGCGCUGAAGAGGAAACAGUUCGAGGAUGUGGCUGUGAGUGGAGAGGAUAUGGUGAAGUUGUCGGGUGUACCUUGGCCCGGCUGCCAUCUCCCUUGGCGAGUGAUCUGUCUGAAACGCGAGCAUACAAAACUUCCUAAGGAGGAAAAGGGCGCUGCUCCGGCAACACCUGCGACCACGUACAUUGCAGAUGUACCGGAGAGAGUGCCACUGUCUCGUAAGAAGCCGGGUAAGAAGCGACGAAUCCAGUUGCGGAAGAAAGCUGCUGCUGCAAAGAGAGCAAAGGAGACCGAGGCAGAGAAGCGAAAUCGGAGGAACCGGGAAAAGAAGAUUAAGCGAAGACAGAAGGCGAGGGAGGCCAAAGCUGCGGCCGCCGCCGCUGGGGCCGGCGAUGGUGCGGGCUCUAUAGCGGCAAUGGAGGCCAACGCGAGUGCAACCGAGCAGGAGAGCGAUUAG